AUGAAUCGACUCUUUGGCACCUCGAAAAAAACACCGAAACCUACUCUAAAUGAUGCAAUAACUGCGACUGACACACGAGUUGAUGCAGUCGAGGUAAAGAUAAAGAAGCUCGAGGCAGAAUUGUCCAGGUAUAAAGAUCAGAUGAAAAAAAUGAGAGAAGGACCAGCAAAAAAUGCCAUCAAGAGCAAGGCGCUACGUGUUUUGAAGCAAAAGAAGAUGUAUGAGACUCAGCGAGAUCAACUACAACAACAAUCCUUUAACAUGGAGCAAGCUUCCUUCGCGACCGAGAAUCUGCGAAAUGUAGCUACCACCGUAGAUGCCAUGCAAUUAGCCAACAAGGAGAUGCAAAAGCAAUACAAGAAAAUCGAUAUAAAUAAAAUUGAGAGCAUUCAAGAUGAUAUGGAGGAUCUGUUGGAACAAGCCAAUGAGAUACAGGACUCGCUCGGGCGGACGUACGGUCUCCCCGAAGAUAUCGAUGAGGAUGAAUUAGAAGCAGAGUUGGACGCCUUGGGAGAUGAAUUGAGUUUCGAAGAAGAGGAACCGUCAUAUUUGCAAGAGACGCCGGCAUCCGAAUUACCGCUUGGAGAGUUGGAAAAUAAUCCCGAGCUUGGUGAUGGAUCUUCAGAAACCCCAAUAAAAAAUGUCGCAUAA